AAAAAAAAAAUAAAACGAGCAUCCUCCCCGAAAUCCUCUGGAUACACUGCGACCUUUGUAGUCCCAACCUCGUUGGUCUAAAUUUCAACUCUUUCUUCAUCUUUCAAAUACUGAGCGCCGAAGAAGGCUUGAUUUCAACCAAUGUUCCAUCCAAAUUUGCUCCCAAACCCAAGGAACUGAAAUUGAACAAGGAAAAGGGUGACUGCUUGUUUUUUGCAAUCUGUUUCCUCGAAGCCUGUGCCUCUGGAAGCAUCAUUUUCCAUUCAAAUACCGCCGUCAAGCUUGGUUUUAGAGGUUUUAUCAUUUUAACUUAUGAAUCUUUUGGUUUUGAUUUGAUUUUGAGAUGGAGGAGAAGCACGAGGACGUGGAUGAUGUUGGAAGCGCGUCCGGUGAUUCUUUUAUCGAUGAUUCUGAAGACGAUGGGCCAUCAACUUCUGGGAAGGACGAUCAGUUGCAUCUCGAGGAACCAUUGACUGAACAAGAGAUUGAGGAUUUGGUGGCUGAGUUCUUGGAAGUUGAGAGUAAGGUGUCAUACUACUCUUUGCUUCAAGAGGCUCAAGAAGCACUUGAAAAGGAGUCUCUUGCCAAAGUGGAGAAAGAAGUUCGAGAAGAACUUGCAUUGACUCUUAAUGGUGAUGAUUUGGAAACAGCCAUUGCAAAUGAAAUGGCUACUUUCGUAGAGGAGUGGGAGAUUGUGCUCGAUGAGCUUGAGAUUGAGAGUGCUCAUUUGUUGGAGCAACUUGAUGGUGCUGGUAUUGAGCUGCCAAGUCUCUACAAGCUAAUUGAAAGUCAAGCUUCGAAUGGUUGCUUUACUGAAGCUUGGAAAAAGAGGAUACACUGGGUAGGGUCUCAGGUAACUGGUGAUCUUCUUGCAUCUGUAUCUGACGCAGAGAAGACCCUCCAAAUCGAAAGGCCUGUAAGGAGACGACAUGGGAAACUGUUGGAGGAGGGAGCAAGUGGAUAUCUGCAGAAGAAAUUUUCCACUAACCAGAUUGAGGGAAUCGGAACAGAAAAAUUGGAAGUUGAUUGGAGCUCUCUUAAUAAGGUUUUUUCAGAAGGCUCAAAGGACAGUGACAUGUUGUUUGGCAGCAAGAACUGGGCUUCUGUUUACUUGGCUAGCACUCCGCAACAAGCUGCAGAAAUGGGACUCGAAUUUCCUGGAGUUGAUGAGGUAGAGGAGAUAGAUGACGUGGAUGGAAGUUCUUGUGAUCCAUUUGUUGCAGCUGCCAUUGAAAAUGAAAAGGAGUUGGAUCUUUCUGAAGAACAGAAAAAAAAGUUCAGAAAGGUCAAAGAAGAAGAUGAUGCCAUUUUUGACAGAAAACUCCAAAUACAUCUGAAACAAAAGCGAUAUCAGAAAAGAUGUAAACAGGUCUCCCAAAAAGAUGUUUCCCCAAGAGAUGAAGAGCAGCCCGUAUCUCUGGUUCACUGUUUGAACCCUGUUUCAGAUGAUAAAGUUGAUGGAUGUGGAAUGGGGUUAUCUGAUGAUGAGAAUGGAGAUGUUAAAAUCAAGGUUGACAUACCCAACGGUUCUGAUGCUUCAAGUGAUAUUGACAUGGAAAGGUCUAUGGAGCAUACAGCUUCUGUGCUUCCAUCGACUUCGUCUAAUUUCGUGGAACCUUUAGGUUCCAAGCGUUUAAAUGAUAUGGAAGAAUUUACCACUCAAACUAAAAAGAGUCGAACUAAUGGUGUACAUAAUGAUGAAAGUUCCCCAAUGGAGGAGCAUUCUGCUUUGUUGAAUACCAUAUGCAACACGGAAAAAAAUGACUAUGGUGCUGAUUCUCAUCCGUCAGCGUGUCCGAAUGAGAAGAUCCAUUGUACUGCUUGUGAUCAAGUGGUUAUUAAAGUGUAUGCACAUCCUUUCCUGAGAGUAAUUGUUUGUGCAGAUUGCAAAAGCAUGAUGGAUGACAAGAAGAAUGUAAAGGAACCUGAUUGCUCUGAAUGCUAUUGCGGAUGGUGUGGCCACAAUGCUGACUUAGUAAGUUGUAAAUCAUGUAAAACACUCUUCUGUACUGGUUGCAUAAGGAGGAACCUUGGCGUCGAGUGCUUGCUCAAGGCCCAGGCUUCUGGGUGGCAUUGCUGUUGUUGUCGCCCAAGUCUUUUGCUACCCUUAACCACACAGUUGGAGGAAGCCUUAGGAUCUGAAGAGUCGACAGGUUCAAGCUCUGAUAGCGAUUCAGACAACCCAAAUGCAGAUAUAAAUGUAACCAUCAGCUCAAAGAGAAAGCGGAAGAAAAAGAUACGGCGGAUACUUGAUGACACUGAAUUAGGAGAAGAUACUAAAAAGAAAAUUGCCAUAGAGAAGGAACGCCAAGAACGUCUAAAAUCAUUACAAGUUCAGUUUUCGUCCAAUUCUAAAAUAAUGAGCUCUGCUGGCUUUUGUGGAAAUCUAUCUGAAGGUGCCAGUGUCGAAGUCCUUGGUGAUGCCUCAACGGGAUAUAUAGUGAAUGUUGUGCGGGAGAAAGGGGAAGAGGCCGUCAGAAUUCCACCAAGCAUUUCAUCGAAGUUGAAAACCCAUCAGAUUUCUGGAAUAAGAUUUAUGUGGGAAAAUAUCAUUCAAUCGAUACGGAAAGUGAAGUCUGGGGAUAAAGGACUUGGAUGCAUUCUUGCUCAUACAAUGGGUCUUGGUAAAACUUUUCAGGUUAUAGCAUUCUUAUACACUGCAAUGAGAAGUGCGGACUUGGGUUUACGAACAGCACUUAUUGUUACCCCUGUUAAUGUGUUGCAUAAUUGGCGGCAAGAAUUCUUCAAGUGGAAGCCUUCAGAAUUAAAGCCUCUUCGCAUUUUCAUGCUAGAAGAUGUACCAAGGGAGAGAAGGGCCGUGUUGCUUGCUAAGUGGAGAGCCAAGGGUGGUGUCUUUUUAAUUGGUUAUAGUGCUUUCCGAAAUUUAUCACUUGGUAAACAUGUCAAGGACAGACACAUGGCUAGAGAAAUUUGCUAUAUCUUGCAGGAUGGACCAGAUAUUCUUGUAUGUGACGAGGCCCACAUGAUUAAGAAUACCAAGGCUGAUAUAACACAGGCAUUGAAACAAGUGAAAUGCCAGAGGAGGAUUGCGCUGACUGGAUCACCGCUACAGAACAAUCUCAUGGAGUACUAUUGUAUGGUUGAUUUUGUGAGAGAAGGUUUCCUGGGAAGUAGCCAUGAAUUUAGGAAUCGCUUCCAGAACCCCAUAGAGAAUGGGCAGCAUACUAAUUCAACUCUGGAUGAUGUUAAAAUAAUGAACCAGAGGUCUCAUAUCCUAUAUGAACAGUUGAAAGGGUUUGUUCAAAGAAUGGACAUGACCGUGGUGAAGAAGGACUUGCCACCUAAAACUGUCUUUGUGAUAUCUGUAAAACUCUCUCCCUUACAGAGGAAGUUAUACAAAAGAUUUCUUGACGUGCAUGGAUUUAAUAAUGGCAAGGAUUCUAGUGAACAGUUAAGGAAACGGAGCUUUUUUGCUGGGUACCAAGCACUGGCCCAGAUCUGGAAUCAUCCUGGAAUCCUGCAAUUGACCAAAGAAGACAAAUAUUAUGUGAAGCGUGAAGAUGCUAUUGAAAAUUUUCUUGCAGGCGAUUCCUCCAGUGAUGAAAACAUAGAUUCUAAUAUUGGCAUUGGAGAUAAGCCAGUGAAUGCCAAUGGGAAUCAUCAGGAUAAAUUUGUUAGUGGCUUUUUUGUUAAGGAUUGGUCAAAUGGUCUGCUUCAUGCAAAUAGUUACAAGGAGGUGGAUUACGGGGGGAAAAUGGUUUUACUGCUAGAGAUCUUGACCAUGUGCUCUGAAUUGGGCGAUAAGGCAUUGGUAUUCAGCCAGAGCAUUCCUACGCUUGAUCUAAUUGAAUUCUAUCUUUCAAGAUUGCCUAGACGAGGAAAGAGAGGAAAAUUUUGGAAAAAGGGUAAAGAUUGGUAUAGGCUAGAUGGAAGAACUGAGAGUUCCGAAAGACAGAAGAUUGUUGAGAGGUUUAAUGAGCCUCUAAAUAAGAGGGUAAAAUGUACCCUGAUAUCAACUAGAGCUGGAUCAUUGGGCAUCAAUCUUCAUUCUGCUAACCGUGUCAUUAUAGUGGAUGGUUCUUGGAAUCCAACUUAUGAUCUUCAGGCUAUUUAUCGAGCUUGGAGAUAUGGCCAAACAAAACCGGUGUUUGCUUACCGAUUUUUGGCGCAUGGAACAAUGGAAGAAAAAAUUUAUAAGCGUCAGGUAACGAAGGAGGGACUGGCUGCUAGAGUUGUUGAUCGCCAACAGGUAUAUCGAACUAUUUCUCGGGAAGAAAUGUUGCAUCUUUUUGAAUUUGGUGAUGAUGAGAGUCUUGAGGCUUCCACUGAGUUGGACCAAGGAAAUGGGCAUACAUCCCACCAGAUUAUGACUGGGCAUCAAGGAAACGUGCUGAAGCAGAAAGGGCCUCUUUCCCAUGGCAAUUGUUCAUCCGACAAGUUAAUGGAAACUUUACUUGGGAAACACCAUCCAAGGUGGGUUGCCAAUUACCACGAGCACGAAACGCUACUCCAAGAGAAUGAAGAGGAGAAACUAUCCAAGGAGGAGCAAGAUAUGGCAUGGGAAGUGUACAGAAAAUCAUUAGAAUGGGAGGAAGUGCAGAAAGUUUCACCAGGAGAUUUUAUAUCUGAGCAAAAGUUAACCACUUCAAAUAAUGCCCAUCCUGCACCGGAGACUAUUGAUCUGGCACAGUCAAGGGCCAGGAACCGAUUUGUUUCCCGUAAAUGCACAAAUCUUUCUCAUUUGCUGACACUCAGAAGUCAGGGGACAAAGGUUGGUUGUAGUACAGUAUGCGGGGAAUGUGCACAGGAGAUAAGCUGGGAAGACCUUAACAGAGAUGCCAAGUUAGGGAAGUGAACCAUUUUGUCUAUUUUUUGUAAGUCAAGUUCUAACACAACAUAGCCAUUCCUUUUUGUAACAUGAAGCCCCCCACCCUCAUCCUCAUUUAUAAUUGGCAUGUCUGCAUCCUGCAUGCCUUUUUCUUUUUCCUUUCUUUUGGCAACAAUAUGAAAGGGUCUCUUUUGUCUUUCUAUUUUUUUUUUUUUUUUUUUUUUUUGUGGGGUUAAUAUUCAUAAUGGUAGUUGAAACUAGGUCUGUAUAGAUUUUGUUAUUUGUGAUCAUUUAAUAUAUAAGUUGAAUGAAAUAACAGCUAGUUCUGAUUA